CGCGCACCUCUCUCUCUCUCUCUCUCUCCCCCCCCCGAGCUCAAGCCUUCAGAGCUUGCAGAAGACGCCAUCGAAGCUUCCUCCGGAAUCUUCGAACUCGCCGCUUGGUCUCCGCCGCCGCCGGCUUUUCGUUCCGCUUGUAAAUUUUUGUUGGUAGUUCUAGCCAUCAGUUGACUGCAGCUGAACAUGUCUCUGGCCGGAUCCAUGUACUUGUCCCAUAAUUUGGGACUUCCCAAGGAUAGGGGCCGCAAUUCUUUGUUGAAGAGCUUUGGCGGACGAGGCAACUUGUGCAUAGGGAGUCUCUCUUUGUCAUCACGUUCCUCGGAAUUUUGGAGUACGGCUCAAUCUCGAAGUUUAUAUGCCCCAGUAUAUACUGUACAAAAUACAUACAAUGCGUUUAAAUGCUAUUGUUUUUUAGGUCCAAGCAAUUUGCAUGAAAAUUUGCUAGUGAAGACUGCAGCUGCGGCAUUGUCCAGGCCAUUCAGUGUUAUACAAAGUAGUCCUGUUACAUUAAAGUUGGUUGCUGCUAUCAGCGUUGUUGUCUUUGCUUUGUGGGGGCUUGGUCCGCUUAUGCGCCAGAGCCGACGAUUACUACUUCAUAAGAAUGACAAUAAUUGGAAAAAGAGCAACACAUACUAUGUGACAACUUCCUAUCUUCAGCCUUUGGUACUUUGGAUUGGUGCAACAAUUCUCAGCAGAGCGUUGGAUCCAGUCGUAUUACCAACAGAAGCAACCCAAGUCAUUAAGCAACGGCUUCUGAACUUUGUGAGGUCAUUGUCAACAGUGCUAGCUCUAGCCUAUUGUUUGUCAAGCGUGAUUCAACAGACACAGAAGUUUCUCAUGGAUAAAAAUGAUCCUAGUGAUGCAAGAAAUAUGGGUUUUCAAUUUGCGGGGAGAGCUGUAUAUACUGCAGUAUGGGUUGCAGCUGUUUCAUUAUUCAUGGAGCUGCUAGGGUUCUCUACCCAAAAAUGGCUUACUGCUGGAGGUCUUGGGACAGUAUUACUGACUCUUGCAGGACGUGAGAUAUUCACUAACUUCCUCUCUAGUGCAAUGCUUCAUGCAACUCGUCCUUUCAUUGUGAAUGAGUGGAUUCAGACAAGGAUAGAAGGCUAUGACGUUUCUGGUACUGUUGAGCAUGUGGGAUGGUGGUCCCCAACAAUCGUGAGAGGUGAAGACCGUGAAGCAGUUCAUAUUCCAAAUCACAAGUUCACCAUGAAUGUUGUUAGGAACCUGAGCCAAAAAACUCAUUGGCGGAUUAAAACUCAUCUAGCAAUCAGUCACUUGGAUGUCAGCAAAAUCCACAAUAUUGUUGCUGACAUGCGCAAAGUAUUGGCAAAAAAUCCUCAAGUUGAGCAGCAGAGGUUGCAUAGAAGAGUAUUCUUGGACAAUAUUAAUCCUGAAAAUCAGGCUCUGUUGAUCUUAGUAUCCUGCUUUGUGAAGACGUCACAUUAUGAAGAGUAUCUCUGUGUCAAGGAAGCCAUAUUGUUAGAUUUACUUAGAGUAAUAAGCCAUCACCGGGCCCGACUUGCCACACCAAUUCGCACAAUGCAGAGAGUAUAUAGUGACAACGAUCUGGAAAAUGUACCAUUCUCAGAUGCAGGCUUCCCUCAAGGUGGAGUGGUGCCUAACCGUCCCUUGUUAAUUGAACCCCUAUACAAGAUCAAUGGAGAGGAUAAAACAAAAGCUCGUGCCACUCGAACACCUGCUGGGGAGCAAGGUGGUAAGAAAUUCACUCAGCCAACACCGGACACCACUGCAGAUUCUAAGGCUGGAAACACACAGACAUCCGACUCAAAAGUCAAAGAUGUGCCGACUGCCGACCUUAAAUUUGAUACCAAGAACAAAUCUGGGGGAAACAUCGAGUCCAAGGAGAAUAAGAAGAACAAAAGCACACCUGCUUCUGAUGAAAAAAUAGGGGAGAACGUGAAGAGUAAGGCAGUGUCAAAGCCCGUCUCAAGGCUGAAUGCUCAGGUUGCUACUCCUAGUGUUGAAGCUAAACAGAUGGACUCAAUUCGUAAUAAACUCGCUGAAGAAGUUAGCGAUGGCGAGCAAUCUAAUGUUGUCCAUCCCGCGAAAAGCUUACAAAAGAGUGAGGCCAUGUCUUCUUCUGUUCCCACUUUAGGAGCUGACACUGAUAAAGAAGCCGGGACAGCUCCUCAAUCAAACCUUGAAAGCAAGAAGAUGGUCUCACAGCCGCCUGUCUCAAGGCCUGGUUUGGAAGACAAUAUAGUUCUCGGUGUUGCAUUAGAAGGGGGAAAGAGAACACUCCCUAUUGAGGAAGAGGUGAUUCCUCCGACUAACGCAGGUUUAAUAGAUUUAAAUGCCAAGAAGAACAAAGAUGGUUCAGUUCCGGCAUCUCCCAGUAAAAGUUCCACUCAUCAGAAGCACCAGUUAGAUUGAAGUUCUACUGUUGGUUGCUUUGGUUCGCUGCUGACUGUUGCCGACAAGCUAAUACCAUGGUAAUUCUUUUGUCCUCUUGACUCUGUUGCUUCAUCCAACAAUAAGCACAUAUUCUUAGAGUAUCAUAGUAAAGAAUAAUCACUUGAGACCAUUGCAUGUUUGAUCCAUGUAGAGAAACUCGCUUUUUUUUCCCGUCUCUUCUUUACAGAUUCUGGGCAUUACUUUC